GAGAGAGAGAGAGAAUUUCCUCAUUGUAUUUGUUACUGGGCAAUCUUUGGUGUCUCUCUGAAACGUAAAGCUGUGUCUAUAAAUUUGCCACUUAAUGGUCACCUCCAACGCACAAAAGAGCAUCUGUCUUUUCUUUCUUUUUCUCCCUAUAAAUUCUUUUCUUCUCUGCUUGAAAUUAUAGAUACAUUGUGCUUUUUGCUUCAUCAAGAACCUAUCAACGAACGUCUGUUCUUCUCUCUCUCUCUCUCUCUCUCUCUACUUAGGGAGAUAAUAUUGGGCGGCCGGCUGAGGAAAUGGAGAGAGAGAUCAACGAAAAACUUUUGACAGAAGCGGAGAAUUCUGAAGUUGAGGAAGUGAAGUUCAAGGACAAGCUAUGGACAGAAACCAAGAAGAUGUGGAUUGUUGCUGGCCCUGCUAUUUUCACAAGGUUUUCUACCUUUGGGAUUAAUGUAAUUAGUCAAGCUUUUGUUGGCCACAUUGGAUCCACAGAACUUGCUGCUUAUUCCCUUGUCUUCACUGUUCUUUUGAGGUUUGCUAAUGGAAUCCUGCUGGGCAUGGCUAGUGCAUUAGAAACUCUAUGUGGGCAAUCCUAUGGUGCAAAACAAUAUCACAUGCUUGGAAUUUAUCUCCAAAGAUCAUGGAUAGUGUUAAUAAUUUGCGCGAUCCUCCUCCUUCCUUUGUUCAUCUUCACAACCCAUAUUUUGAGGGCUUUAGGCCAAGAUGAAAGUAUUGUUGAAGUUGCAGGAAAUAUUUCUCUGUGGCUAAUUCCUGUGAUAUUCUCCUUUAUUCCAUCUUUUACCUGCCAAAUGUUCCUACAAGCACAGAGCAAGAACAUGAUUAUUGCAUACCUGGCAGCUUUUUCUCUUUCGAUCCACAUCCUCCUUUCAUGGCUAUUCACUGUCAAAUACAAGUUUGGAAUCCCAGGAGCUAUGGCAUCUACAAUUUUGGCUUUUUGGAUACCAAAUCUGGGCCAGCUUGCGUUUGUUACUUGUGGAGGUUGUCGCGAAACAUGGAAAGGGUUCUCGUUCUUAGCUUUCAAAGAUCUCUUCCCUGUCAUCAAGCUGUCUUUGUCAUCUGGUGCUAUGCUUUGCCUUGAGCUUUGGUACAACACAGUUCUGGUUCUUUUAACUGGAAACAUGAAAAAUGCUGAGGUCUCCAUUGAUGCUCUUGCUAUCUGCCUCAACAUCAACGGAUGGGAAAUGAUGAUAUCCCUUGGUUUCUUGGCUGCUGCGAGUGUUCGGGUGUCGAAUGAGCUAGGGAGAGGGAGCUCAAAAGCUGCAAAGUUCUCCAUAGUGACGACAGUUCUUACAUCAUUCGUUAUCGGCUUCAUUCUUUUCCUGUUAUUCCUAUUCCUCAGAGGAAAGCUAGCUUAUAUAUUUACCGAAAAUCCUAAGGUGGCUGACGCAGUCUCAGAUCUUUCACCACUCUUGGCUUUCUCCAUACUUAUGAACAGUAUACAACCAGUCCUCUCAGGAGUUGCUGUGGGAGCUGGAUGGCAGAGCAUUGUAGCAUAUGUUAAUAUAGCCUGCUACUACCUAAUUGGGAUUCCAGUUGGAGUUCUGCUUGGUUAUGUUCUGGAUAUGCAAGUUAAAGGUGUUUGGAUUGGGAUGUUGUUCGGUACAUUUACACAAACCAUUGUUCUAAUUAUAGUCACCUGCAAAACUGACUGGGAAAAACAGGUAUCUCUUGCUCGUAACCGGAUUAACAAGUGGUAUGUAGCAGAUUCUGUUGAGCAUAACACACAACCACAAGAUGUGUAACUUGAAUCUUAAUUAUUUAUUCUAUAUUUUGAACCAUUCUGGGAAAAGAAUACUGUUGUUGCCAUGGCUACAACUCACCGGUCAAUUGAUUUAUCUUGGUAGUGUUUAAAAGAUGAUAUUUGAGUGUUUCAGUAAGAUUAAUCAGACACCUGUGAAUAUAGGUGCGUGAUGAUAUGGUUUCA